CCGUAUAGCGCUCAUUGCACCAUGUACAUUGUGAAAUACCUCUGCAUGUUCUGCCGUCUGGAACGGAGUCUGAAAGCUGUUGAAUCAUAUAGCUUUUAACAAAUUAUUGCAUCAUAUCCUGAAAUUUGUGGUACUUAUGUACGGAAAACGCUUGUUCCCAAACUCCUUCUGUCACUUCAACUGUUUCUUUAGCAAGUUUUGUCAUAGAAAUCGAGCUCUGCAGACUAGCUAUAUACAUUCAUCGCACUGUAUACAAUUCUACUACAAUCCGUGUUGAGUUUGUGUUAAGUCCCGCGUUCAAGGAAGUGCGGAUUUACAGGGGCAAGUACAUUCUGCACACUUUCUCUCUCUCUCAUUUCAUAAAAAUGGCUGAAUGGGACGAAGUGUCACACGCAAAGGAGAACAACCGUAGAGAACUGCUCUUUAAAGGGAAGGAUAUUGCAGAAAGAAUCGCUCUGAAAGGACUUGAUGUGCGCAUCUUUACUUUGAGCCCUCUUAACUUUCUAGAAAUAUCCGAUGCUGGAUUAGCAGAACUUCCUAGUGAAAUAGGUAAUCUGUCUCAUUUACUCAACCUCACUCUCCGUGGGAAUAAGCUGGUUAUGUUACCUGAUUCCAUAGGUAAAUUAACACGCUUACAAUUUCUAGAUGCAUCCAGAAAUGCAAUUGAAAAUGUGCCGGACAGUUUGGGAAGUAUAGCGUCGAUUCAUACACUUGAUUUGAGUCAAAACAAGCUUUCUGUGAUUCCAGAAAAUUUCAGCAACCUCUCAAACUUGGCCUACCUCAACUUUUCCCGCAAUAACUUGACUGAUUUGGAUGUAAUGCUCCGAGGAGAUCUGCACCACUUGAGUGAAGUUUUUGCUUCCCACAAUCAGAUUGAGAGCAUCUCGUCCGGGGUGGGCAAUCUAGAGUCAUUGCGAUCCCUGGACAUGAGUGAGAAUAAGCUGCAGGAGUUUCCGGCAAGUCUUUCCCGUUGUCCAAAGCUGAAAGAGCUCAUCCUGAUAGAAAAUCCAGUGAAAGAUCGUCGCCUAAAAAAGCUGAUUCAACAGACCCGAGGAACAAAACCAAUUUUAGAAUACAUCGCUGUACACGGAACGAAAGAGGAGCAUUCUGCCCCUGCGAAAUCAUCCAAGAAAGGCAAACGAAAGAAGAAGUCAUCACAGUCAAAGGAUGAGGAGGCGGAGCUUAUCAGUCAGGUGAUCGAGGUCAUGACCUUUAGGAACUCUUCAGAACCAAUGGAAGUCAAAGCUUGUAAAUCUGUGGUGUUUGUGCGGCCGUACAUCACUUGCUGCGUUGUCAGGAAUCUGGAUCUGUCCUCUGGAAACCACUUCAAGCAGUUUAUUACCGCUCAGACCAAGCUUCAUGACGGACCGUUGUGUGCAAAGAGGACGACUGCUACCAUAGCAACCCACGACCUGAAACGCAUCAAAGGACCUUUGACCUAUGAGGGCAAAGCACCGCAUAGCAUUGAGGUCACUCCUUUGGGUAAGACCAAGAUGGUGACUGCAGAAGCUCUGAUGAAACAACUCAAUCAAGAAGCCGAUGAGUUACGCAAGGAGCUCAAGAGGAAUACUGUCUCAGGGAUUCACAAAUACCUCAGCCUGUUGGCCCAUCAAGAGCUCUACCCCUGCCUGCUGGAUGCCGCUGGUCAUGUGAUCUCACUUCCACCAAUCACAAAUGCAGAUAUUUCAAAGAUUUCUCGAUCCACAACAGACAUCCUGAUUGAGGUGACCAGCUCUGAAGACCUAGGCUCUUGCAAGAAGGUUUUACAGGCCCUUCUCACCAAGAUGCUUGAAUUGAACCUGGGUAGCAAGGGAACAUCCGACGAAGGGGCUGGUGCAGAGUCUACUGAAGAGGACAAGGAUAACAAGCUUGUGGUGGAACAGGUUCGAGUCAUCAAUGAGGACGGAGAACUCAGAGUCGUCUACCCGUCCAAGACAGAUCUUAAUGAUUUACCAGGAGUGACCGUUAUACGUCAGUGAUACCUCCUUCUUGGAUAGGAUGUUAACCCAUUUCCUAAGGGAACCAGGUUGUCCCUGCAUUAAGCCUAUGGGAAUCUGAGAAGUCAGGAGUCAGCGGGUUAAAGGUGGAUGUUUGAAUCAUUUGUCAUAAUGACACCAUUCAUAAAUUUCUUCCUCAAGUUUAACCCAGUGACUCCUGAAUUCUCUCAUUCCCGUACCUGGGUAUUGUUUCAAGAAGCCGGUGUAAGUUCAAGUUUGCCAACAUCCCAUUAAAACGUGUUCAUUUGAAUACAUGAGUUUCAAUGUGAUGUUGGCAAACUCGUACUUGUGAUGAUUUUAUGAAACCUGCCCAUGAUUUCAGUAGCCAAUUACUGUAGUUUUUGACAUACUUAUGUUAUCUUAUCCUUACACUUGAUCAACGGCCACCCUAAAGUAAAGCUUAAAGGUUAUAUUAUUGUCAUUUGACAUUAUGCCACAUUUCUUUGACCUGAUAGACAAACUAGUGGGAAUUCAUUUAUGUUGUGUCUAGGGGAGGGGUAA